UAUUGCAGGUAUAUUGCUGUGGGAAAUGAGCCUUUUCUUAAAGCAUAUAACGGAAGAUACCUAAACAAAACUCUGCCAGCUCUCAUGAACAUACAAAGAUCACUCAUCAAAGCUGGUUUUGGAUUAGAGAUCAAAGUCACAGUUCCAUUCAAUGCUGACAUAUACUAUUCACCUGACUCAAAUCCAUUGCCAUCAGGUGGUGAAUUCAGGCCCGAGGCCAAAGAAUUCACCAUUGACAUAAUCCAAUUCUUGUACUCAAACAAUGCUCCUUUCACAGUUAACAUCUACCCUUUCUUGAGCCUCUAUUAUGGCAAUGAUCAUUUCCCUAUUGACUAUGCAUUCUUUGAAGAAAACAACAAGAAGCACUCUCUUAGGGAUGGAAACUUAGUUUACAGCAAUGUGUUUGAUGCAAAUCUUGAUACCCUUUUGUGGGCCCUACACAAGGAAGGUUACCCUGACAUGGAUAUCAUAGUUGGUGAAGUUGGUUGGCCAACAGAUGGUGACAAAAAUGGAAAUGUCAAUAAUGCCAAGAAGUUCAACCAAGGCCUAAUUCAACAUGCUCUAAGUGGAAUUGGGACUCCAAAGAGAAAAGGUAUGAUGAUUGAUAUGUACCUAUUUAGCCUCAUUGAUGAGAAUUCCAAGAGUGUUGCACCAGGGAAUUUUGAGAGGCAUUGGGGGAUUUUUGAGUUUGAUGGGAAGCCAAAGUAUGAACUAGACUUAGAAGGGCAAAAUAGGGAAAAGGGUCUUGUCCCUGUGGAAGGUGUAAGGUAUAUGGAGAAAAAAUGGUGUGUUUUGGAUCCUUAUGCUUCUAAUUUAGACUAUUUAGCUGUUAGCAUUGACUAUGCUUGUAGCUUAUCUGAUUGCACUUCUUUGGGGUAUGGUUGUAGUUGUGGUGAGUUAACUCUAGAAGGUAAUGCAUCUUAUGCAUUUAAUAUGUAUUAUCAAGUGAAUGAUCAAAGGGAAUGGGAUUGUGAUUUCAAUGGCUUGGCUGUGAUUACACAUGAGGAUCCUUCACAAAAUGGAUGCCAGUUCCCAGUGAUGAUAGCUCAUGGUGGCUCUUCUUUGAUGUUGCAUGGGGGUAUUAUGGACAUUUUCAAGAAAGCAUUAGAGGUUUAUGUUAUUUUUGUGGUUUUGCUACAAUUGACACACUUAGAAGAUUUUCUGUGUUGAAAUUGAGAACUACAUUAAUAUUUAACUUUUGUCAUAAAUCUAUUUCAGGAAAUUGUCUCCUUGUUUUCUUACUUCAUACAAUCUUAUUUAACAGUUUACACAAACUCACUUUUGAAAGAAUAAUAAAAAGAAAAGUAAAAAUAAAUAACUGCAGCCCAAAAAGAACUCAACUGCAAAGAGGUUAUCUUUUUUAGGUUAAAUUAUUUCAUUAUUCCUUAUAAUUUCACCAAAUUUGUAAUUGAGUCUCUACACUUUAACCGUUUUUAAUUAAGUCUCUACACCAGUUUUAAAUUUAUAACGUUUACUAUU